GUAAACAAUCCGUUAUAAGCAUCGUAAGGUAAACUGUCAAUGAACUUGUAACCUCUCUUACCUGGGUCGUCGUAAAUGAAGAUAACAAUUGCUAAGGACAUAAAGUAACAUCAUGACAACUCACAAGUAUGAUUUGAUGAUUCCAGAAAUCCCAUACAGAGGGAAUCGGGUUGUCUUAGAAUAUGUUUUUGUCAAUCACACUGGUUUUGAGUUAUGCUCUAAAACAAGAGUUGUCGAAAAAGAGCCAAAAAGUGUUGAAGAAUGUCCAAUGUGGGAUAAUUAUAUGUGGAAUGAUGUUCGUGGCAGACUUGAAGAUUUGAAAGAUAUGAUUCUGAAACCGGUGGCAAUGUUCGAGAAUCCUUUUUACAAAAGUCCACACAAGCUAGUACUAUGUGAAUUUUGGAUAACAAAGGAUCAACCUGCAGCCAUAAAUACACGCCAGACCUGCAAAAAAACAAUGGAGAAGCUUGAUUAUGAUCAAGCUACUGGUUACAGACCCAAACAACCUUUUGAACCAUGGUUUGGUAUUGAACAAGAAUACUUCGUGACUGCAGAAGAUGGAAUUCCUAUCAGCUACGAACCUGACAAGUUUGAUUAUGAAUCAUUGGUACUCGUCACCAAAAUUGGUCAUCAACAUGCCAAAAAUGUCGGCAUAGAGCGAGAGUUGUCAAAUCGUCAUCUGAUGGCAUGUCUAUAUGCUGGUGUUGAUAUAGGUGGAAAUAUUAGAGAAAAUGAUGCAUCACAGUGGGAGUAUCAAAUAGGACCUUGUUCCGGUGUAUCUAUUGGUGACCAUCUGAAUAUGUCAAGGUAUAUACUACAUCGCCUUGCUGAGAUGUUUGGACUCCGAGUAACUCUUCAUCCGGUUCCUGUACAUGAAUCACCGUUUACCUCUAGUGGACAUCUGAACUUCAGCACCAGUCAAAUGAGAGCUAAAGGAGGAAUUAAAUUUAUUCGACAUGCAAUAGACAUGUUAUCGAAGUCAGAUGAAGAUGCCCUUCUGAAAAUGUACGACCCUACACUUACACAAGAGAACAAAGAAAGGUUGACAAAUACAUCUAGCCCUUGGCAUCCACAGCUUCAUAAAUUUAUUUAUGAUGCUACCAACAAAGCCAAAUCGUCCGUUAGAAUUCCACCGCUUGUCAUCGUGAAUGAGUGUGGAUAUUUAGAAGAUCGUCGACCGUCGUCAACUAUAGAUCCGUACGCAGCUGCUGAGGGUAUCGUGAAAGCAUGUAUUUUUGGAGAUUUUCUAAAUCCUGGCUUUGAAUCUCUUAAAGAUGUCUCUUUUUGGGAUAGCAAUCCAUAAAAUUAUGAUAAUGAAAUGAUAUAUGUUUCAGGAUUAAAAUGUCCAACUUGUGUAUCAAUCAUUGUGUUGUAAAACUGAAACUAAGAAUAAUAAAUUUGAAGUUUUUGAAGU